GGCGGUCCUUGCAGCUUGCCUAGAGCGACCCGGAAGUGGCCCUCGGGGCGCUUCCGGGGACCAGGCCCGAUUUUGGCUGCAUCAGCUGGGGAUCGCCGGCGCCAGGGAGAAUGGGGGCGCCGUGAAGCCCCUGAGGAGCUCCCUGGAUUCCCCCAGCGCUGUGCGGUGGCCUGACAAGUGCCUUGAGGACAGGAGCUGUGCCCCGCCGAGCUCUGCUCCAGCCCCUGUUGUGCUGAGGCAUCUGCAUCUGGGACCGACCUCCUGGGCUGGCUGAUCAAGGAGGAAGCAGCAGCAAUGUCUGCUGCGGGGGCUGCAGCUCCGUACCUGCAUCAUCCUGGUGAUAGUCACAGUGGCCGAGUGAGUUUCUUGGGGGCCCAGCUUCCUCCAGAGGUGGCAGCAAUGGCCCGGCUACUAGGGGACCUAGACAGGAGCACGUUCAGAAGGUUGCUGAAGCUUGUGGUCAGCAGCCUGCAGGGGGAGGACUGCCGAGAGGCUGUGCAGCGUCUUUGGGUCAGCGCCGACCUGCCGGAGGAGCGGCUGGGUGCCCUGUUGGCAGGCAUGCACACGCUGCUCCAGCAAGCCCUCCGUCUGCCCCCCGCCAGCCUGAAGCCUGACACCUUCAGGGACCAGCUGCAGGAGCUCUGCAUCCCCCAAGACCUGGUCGGGGACUUGGCCAGCGUGGUAUUUGGGAGCCAGCGGCCCCUCCUUGAUUCCGUGGCCCAGCAGCAGGGGGCCUGGCUGCCCCAUGUUGCUGACUUUCGGUGGCGGGUGGAUGUAGCAAUCUCCACCAGUGCCCUGGCUCGCUCCCUGCAGCCCAGCGUCCUGAUGCAGCUGAAGCUUUCAGAUGGGUCAGCAUACCGCUUCGAGGUCCCCACAGCCAAAUUCCAGGAGCUGCGGUACAGCGUGGCUCUGGUCCUAAAGGAGAUGGCAGAUCUGGAGAAGAGGUGUGAGCGCAGACUGCAGGACUGACCCCUCACUUGGCCAGUCCCAUUCAGGUCAGGCUUGGAUAGGCACCUGAGAUGGUGCCAAAAGUGCAGCUGACUCGUCCCAGAACAGCUCUGCCCUUGCCAUGAGGCAGGCUCUUAAGUGAGAGUGUUUGAACAUAAUUAUGUAGUCUUCUGUUUAAUUGAAAAAGAGAGCUAUGCCUUUUUUUCUUUUUUGGAAGUAAAGCAGCUGUAAACAACAUGUUUCUCUAGGUGGGUGUUAAGCUCACACCCUCCCUUUCCCUGUACAUUUGUCUUGCUGCUGGGCGUGGCUAUGUGGCCAGGUUGAGGCCCUUUGUAGACACCAUACAGUUGCUCAGCCUGGCCCCAUGUAGCCAGGUGCUUUUGUAGAUCUUGUAUUUUAGGUUGGGCAUUUUCAUUCUUCUGCCUUAAAUCCCUGACCCCACAGAGCUGACAUUCUAGUGGGGCUGAGGGGAGGGGAAACAUUGUAAAAUAAAUAAUAAAAAUUUACUGGAC